AUGCCUAAGUAUGCUAAGUUUCUCAAGGAUGUUCUCUCCAAGAAGAAGAGAUUUGGUGAAUUUGAAACAGUAGCCCUUAUUGAAGAUUGUAGUGCCAUCCUGCAGCAAAACCUCCCACCUAAAUUGAGAGAUCCGGGCAGUUUUUAUAUUCCAUGCAAUAUAGGCAAACACUUCAAUGGAAAAGCUCUACGCGAUUUGGGAGCAAGUGUUAACCUGAUGCCUCUAACUGUUUUCAAUCGAUUAAAUUUGGGUGAAGCAAGGCCAACAACUGUUACAUUGCUCUUUGCUGACAGAAGUAUCUCAUAUCCAAAAGGGAUUAUAGAAGAUGUCUUGGUGAAGGUAGAUAAAUUCAUAUUCCCAGCUGAUUUCAUUGUGUUAGACUGUGAGGUAGAUUGGAACACGUUAUUUUGGGACAACCAUUCUUAG